GGUGCAUUCUGAAGUGUUUCAUCAACUAGCACACGCAUUCCGACAGCAGUUCUUCAGGAUGAUGCGAAUCAUCUUCACAAACCUAAUUUCUCUAUCAUUACUUCCCCGGCACGCCGUGUCCACCUCGAGCGAUUUUGAGGUGCAUGAAUUCGGCUUCAUGAACAAGUCGGCUCUGUACCUGUGGAGCCGAAAGUCGCUUCCGGUCGAAGACAAGUUGUGCCUCUGCUUCGGCCCCUCUCGAACCAUGAAGCGCCACUUCGAUGCCUCCAACUGCACUCGACAGCGUAAGGGGUCAGUCUGCAUGGUACGCCAGUGGAACUUGGGCGACACAAGAUGGCGAUGGGAAUGUCUUGCUUGGCUUUCCAUGACCAAGGCACCCGAGCAUCAUCGUCCCUCAUAUCGAAAUCCUUCAACCAUGGAUCCCUCGAGGAUCCGAUGCAAAGUCGUGGAAAAUACAACGACGGACCUCCUGGGUGAUUUUCCCGGAAACACUCACCUCACCUUCUGCAGCAUGAAGUUCUGUUCUCAGUGCAGUGGAGGUUUCAGCAAAACCGCUUACUGCACCUCUGUCCUGACAAGAGACAAACAGCUAGCUUUCGAAGCUACUGCGACGUCCGACUUCCUCGUUGAAGUGAAAUGGAGUCCGACCCACGCUGAAAACAGGAGUUUCGUGGUGAAGGUGUGCGCGUCGGAGAGUGGAUGCUACACAAAUUGCUUUCGAGAACAUGUCUUGGGAGCACAAGGGCGUUAUGAAGUUCCUGCCGACCUCUGGAGCUUCAAACUCUCCCUGUAUGUAUAUCGACCGGACGGAGUUCUACUGUUCCAGAAAAAGUUCCGUAGCAGAAGGCUGGCCCCUGAUAAGCCCUGCUUCUCGACGGCCGUUGUGAAGAGUUGGAGUAAUCUACGGCUGUACUGGUGGCCGCACGAUGACGCUUGCGACGGGUACCUUGUGUCCUGGUGCAACCACAAACUGGCUGGUUCGUCGCAAUCCAUAAUGAUGGACCCAUUUUCUGAUGACCGCUGCGUUAUGGAAGUCAAGGGUUAUUCGUUAUCGCUGUACAGGAUGCACGCUUUCGCAUCCUAUUUGUUUACCAUACGAGCCUAUCGUUGGGUCGACGGGAAUCGGUCCGAGCGUCUCCUCAGCAGACCGCACCAAACACACCAAGUUACGAUGAUCAGUCCCGACUUUGUUCCUAUCUCCGUACUGCUUACCAUUGCCCUGUUGGCUCUCAUGGUUACUCUUCUUGGCAGACUACCGAAUGUUUCACUAAGCAGGCAUCGGCUACAAUUAUCACCCGCAAAUCGUUUCGAAGAAAACGGUGCAGGAAUGCAGAGGCCUUUUCAUGAGAGACAGAUUCCUCCCAUCGUUCUUAGACGCCAUUCUCGCGGAGAUUUCUAGCGCCUCACUUGUGGUGCCAGCCUAUGGUAGCCGACUGCACGACUUGUGGCGUACCAUACGCUUAUGUUACUAGGCGUCCGUGGAGAAUAUGCAGU